UGUCUCAUUGACCAGACACAGGACAAGCAGGAAAUCGCCCACCGGCUUUCCCGUUCAUGUACCUUGCGGCGGCCGCGACUGCGAGGUCAGACCUUCCCACCUACACCCACAUGCUCCGGUUGGGUUACUUCCUCCUUUGCCUACUUAUCCACACUAUGCCAAGCCUCACGACCCCCAUUCGUCUCUUCUUGAUUCGUACAAGCUUCUGCCUCCUGUUCCGUCGAUCGAAGACGAAGCACGAUGUCCGAUACGGUGCAGUCGACGGCCGUCGUCGGUGGGCUGUCGCUGGCGACGACCACCGGGUUCAUGGUCGCAGCAGUGCUCGUCAUCUUCAUACUCUUGAUCUUUGUGUUCGUUCUGUACCUCAACGCCAAGCGGUGGAACGGCGCCAACCCAGUCUCCGGCCGCGGCCGCGCCCGCCUGGUCUUCGUCGCGGAGCCUGCCGUCGGCCCGCAGCAACGCGGCCUCGAUGCGGCCGUCAUCGAGGCGCUCCCGUCGGUGUCGUUCCGACCCGAGGACUUCGAGGAGGCCGUGGAGUGCGCCGUCUGCCUCUGCAGGCUGGCGGAAGGCGAGGCCACGCGCCUGCUGCCCAAAUGCAACCAUGCCUUCCACCGGGAGUGCAUCGACAUGUGGUUCUACUCCCACUCCACCUGUCCGCUCUGCCGGAGCCCGGUCGUGCUCGACGAGCCCGAGACCGCUGAUAACAGCACCGCAGCCGUUGCUUCCGAUGCGCGUGCGGGGGGGUCAUCGUCUCACUCCCCGGCGAAUUUGUCUCGGGCCAGUGUUGGAGGCUCGGGCUCUGCUUCAGUCUCUUCUGCAAGCAGGUUGGAGGGGGCAUUGGCGAUAGAGAUAACAAGGGGAGAAGUGGAUGGGUUCCAAGCUCCGAGCAGGCUCCCUGAGGAAGACCUCAGGUCGCCGACGGCAGCAGCGUUGAGAUCGCUGCGAAGGCUUCUGAGCUGCGGAAGCAGGAUGGCUGGUGAUGUCGAGCAGGGAUGUCUUCCGGUCCCCAAGCCGCCGCCGAGUUCAUGAAUGAGCUAAAAUGACGCAGAUGAAGAUUUAGCACAUGGAAUACAUCAGAUGAAUCGAAUCCUUGGUCAAGAAUGAACUUAAUGGUGGGCAGCUGCCUUCCAUGCCCAUCUUGCAGUGUUCCCUGGGAGGGAAUGGACUGUUGCCCACUGAAAGAGAGAUCUUUGUCAGUGGGCACCAAUUUGGGAGGAGCCUCUUUUGAUCUGGACCAGUUCUUGUGCUCUGUGCUUCAACAAGACACUCGAGAGAUGUUUCCCUGCUUUGUGCUUGUCUUUUGUUUUUGGUCUUUCUGGAGAUGUCUACUUCCACUGGAGAUAUUUUGCUGCAAGGUUGUGGAGUUCAUGAACUUGCCAUACACAUGGUGCAUGGUGAAGUUUCUAUCAUCAAGAGACUGUAAUCUUCUGUACUGCUCGAGUGCCUCUCUCUCUCUCUCUCUGCAACACAGAACAGUCACUGUCAGGAGACAGCAAAUUCUUAUCUUUCUUUUCCCUGGA